AUGAUUUUUCCAAAGCUGGCGCUCGUCGCCUCUGUCCUCGUUUCCAGCAUCGCGGCCUCGCCCUACAAGACUAAGUCUGUAGAGAAACGAGGCCAGAAUGUCAUCAUCGGGUACAGAACUGUUGGAAAGCAUGGUACUAACGCUGCUCCUCAGGCACAAGCACAAGAUUACAUGGCCAAAAAGACGCUCACAUUUACAAGACCUGCCCAGGGCCAACAAAUCGGCGACGGCGUUUACACGUCUCCCGAGCCUGGCGAAUGGCCUCUUACAACUGCUGAGCCUUGGUAUUGCGCCAUCCUUGCCGAUGCGGAGGCUCUCGCCAGUACGGCCAAGGUGUGGGUGCCAAAGGCGAGUUGGUUCAAGCCCGCGGAGAUUGACAGCUUCAUCACAUCUCAAGGCCUGAACCCGCUCAAGACGAUGCGCAUGGCACUGGUUGGUAAUUUCGAGAACCUGGAGCAGAUGUUGAUCCCCAAAGGGCUACUCAACAAUGCAGGCGGUGGCCUGGGCAUUUCGGUUCUGUGCAAGGAGAAUCUGGAGGAGCUGCCCAAGGCGCGCGUCAACUACAAGGGCCGAGAAUGGAAGAAUGCCAAGGGAGAGCCGCAGACGCCGACCAAGGCUGCUGCUGCUGAAGAAGAAGCCGCUGCCGCUGAAGGCGCCGCUGCCGAAGAAGGCGCCGCUGCCGGAGAAGAAGCCGCUGCCGGCGAGGCCGUUGCUGCCGAAGGGAGCGCCGUUGCUGCCGAAGGAGGCGCCGUUGCUGCCGAAGGAGGCGCCGCUGCUGGAGGGGCUGCCGCUGCUGGAGGAGGUGCCGGAGGUGCUGUCGCAGAUUUGAUUGGCGACGCCGACCUCCAGACGGCGCUCAAGGCAGGCGAGGUUGGCGAGUACAGGUUCUUUGCGGCUCUCGAAGGUGCUGCCGAGGGUGCCGCCGAGGGUGCCGCGGCUGAGGCCGCCGGGGCAGAGGCUGCGAUUGUAGAGGCCGACGCAAUUGCUGCCGAGGUAGCUGCGGCCGACCUCGUCGCGGAUACCGCAAUUGCUUCGGCUGGUGAAUCGGCUAUAAUUGGCGAGCUUCUUGAGGUGGUUGUCGUUGCCCUGUGA